CCCCGGCCCCUCUAUAGACGAAGGGGAGGAGGGGGACUCCGGCAGAGUGCUGCUGCCGCUGGGACGAGCUGAGCCGCUCUGAGCCUGCCCGCCUGCCCCGUCGCCAGCAUGGACCUCCGCGCUCUGUCUCUGCUCGCCUUUGCCCUGGCGGUCAUCUCCCUGUCUGAGGAGAAGCCCGUCAGCCUGACAUACCGAUGCCCCUGUCGAUUCUUCGAGAGCAACGUGGCGAGGGCCAACAUUAAACACCUCAAAAUCCUCUCCACCCCCAACUGCUCACUUCAGAUUGUUGCAAGGCUCAAGAGCAACAGCAAGCAAGUGUGCAUUGAUCCCAAGCUAAAGUGGAUCCAGGAAUAUCUGGAAAAAGCUUUAAACAAACCACGUCAUCGCACUCAUAAAAAAAAGCAACAGAAGAAACGGGGCCCACUCUGCCCUUCCCGUGCAACACCACUAAAGUCUCCAGGGAGAAAGAAUGGAGGUUCAAGAUGUAAGAGGCAAGCAUUGUAAGCCGUCUACAGGAUUUCUUACUGUAGGACCCAGAAAGCAGAUAACCAGUAUUAGGGAAGGAAUACAUUUCAUUGUUAUCAUACAGCACAAAAGCAACGCUUCAUGCAUUUUCAAAGGUGUUGUUUUUUUAUUUUUUUGUCUUUUGUUUUUGUUUUUUGCACAAAUUGGCUUGCUUUCACAGUGCUAUUUUUAUGUAGUAAGUAUUUGAUUUUGAGAAAAAUGUUUUUAUACAGGUUGGUUGAUUACUUAGCACUGAGGGCAGAUAUGAAUUUAAACUAACCUUAUGUUAUUAUAUAAUAUUUUAUUCCUUUGCUAUGUAGAGGCCCUGCUUUAUUUAACUUUCUUUUGGUUCAUGCAAGUCUCCUGGAGAUUUAAACCUAGAAGGACAUGAACUGUAUAGUGCAAUGAUGUUAUGUAAGUAAAAGAAGAGUUCCUUGCCCCAAAAGUCAUUAAGGCCAAGAACACAGGAAGGCUAAAAAGCAUCAGACAUCAGUGAAAGCAACCAACUUUAUCAUGGGCAGUGACUACAUGUAUUUUGGCUGAGGGAUUAAGUUCAGGGCUUCAGGGCUAAAGCCAUUCUCUUAGAUUAGAGAUCUUGGUGACAGCUAUAAGCUACUGAGACAAUGCUCAUGUGGCACUGUAAAGUGCCAGUAGUUUGUAGAAGCCAAGUGUUAGGAGCCAAGAGUGUGUUAGAAGUUACAACUCUGAUCUGAUGUCACUUGGCAUUUCCUAUGUUCCUGUCUCUGAUGACAAAUUUUAGCACAAAAAGGAAUGGAUUAUUAAAGAUCUAGCAGCGUAAUCAUGUUGCAAAUCGCUGGAGGAGUCAGAGGUGCUGUCACGCACCAGGUGUCUGUUCCCACCCAUCUGCAGAAGGUGACUUCAGCUCUCUGGACUGGCCUUGCGGUGAAGCAGGAGGAAGAGCAUUAAUGUAUCCCUUCACUAAGUGCUGUACCCUCUGUUACUGAACAGUCACACCUAUCUGAGGGCAGCAGCAUCUUUGAUUGUUCUGGGUAGAUCCAAAAGAGGACGUCUGGCCAUGUCUUUGGAGAAAACAGAUGACUGGGGCAAGUGAGGAAAUUUUGCCCAGUUUGUGCGCUUCUUGAGUGUGGAGAUGAAGGCCAACACUCACUGUUCGCCAGUUCAGUUUGCUGGUGAAUGGCUCAGCCUCUGGAAUAUCCUUUGCAAAACACACCUGAGGAUACUUCUUGCACCAAUUCCUUCACUCAGCCAGAAUCUUCCUUCUCCUGGUUCUCACCUGUGUAAACAAGUAUCUUUGCUAAAUAGUGUAUGGAAAAAAUGCCUAAAAUACUAUGAUAAUUAUGUUAUGCCGCACAUGGAGAUCCGGGGGGGAAGCACAUUAGUGCAGCACAAUACUUGUGUUUACAUGUAUCUGUGUGUCUAUUGUAAACAAAAAUGUCAUAACAUUGUAUGUUUGGUUUUUUUUGGAGCUGGUUGCUUCAAAAGGAAUCUUCCUUCUUAUCUGCAGCCUGUGUCAGGAACACUGAAAGGACCAUUUUGGUAAGCAUGCCUUUCCAUGGCAGGCAGCUUUAAGGCCAAAAAGGCAUUUUAGCUAGCUGGGGUUACCUUAUUGCCAUGUGGAUUCAGGUAAAAAUCUUGUAAGUCCUUUCCUCUCUGCAAAAAUGUGUUAUAACAGAGAGUGCUUUGGCCGGGGACUACAUCACCUCAUUUACUUUAAAUGAAACUAUUUUGAAGUAGAAACCAACUGCUGUGCCUAAAAUGUGUGUGUGUGUUUUUGACAUUCCUUCUAUUGAUGCCAUCACCAAGCUGAUGCUUUGAGUAUACUUUGUCUCUGUUUUGGAAGGUCUGGUACCACUGUACUUUAUGAGAAUUGGGCUGUUGAUUUCAAUGUGAAUAGGUUCAGAACCCUGUUGUCAAGGUAAAGACAGGAAGAACUUAUAUAAGAAAAUAAGUUUUCUGUAUCCUCCCUGGACUGUGCUGUAUAUCCUAGGGUCUACCUCCUCUCCCUGCACAUGCAUCUCCAGUAACAAGGGGUUUUCCGGGAGGCUGACGCUUGGGUUGUCAAAGCUAAGUAUGAUUUUGAGGAAAGUGUGGAAGAAUCUUUGUUCUUACACAGACAUGAAGCUUGUCCUUCUUCCCCAUGAAGAUACAGUCUUAACAUGUUCUUCCUAGCUAAGGGCAGCUUAAUGCCUGAUCUAUUUCCUUUGGAAUCAGACCAGAGGUAAACAAUCCUCUUCGUUUUGAUUCAACAGCAUCCCUUGUUGAUGAAGAUAGGGGUCAUGAAGGUUUUGUUUCUAGAAGAAAUGUUGGCUUUCCAGUGACUAGAUGUGGCUGGACAACUUUGGAGCACUCUGCUGCAGUCCCAGUUCACACAUCAGAGCCUGGGCAAACACAGAGCCUGGCAAAAACACUGAGAUGAGCAGUGGAACACCUUGGCAAAAAUGUAGAAAAUUGGGGUCACUUGAUGACUUUUUCCUAUAGGAGCAAACUUGUGGGCAUUGCAGGAGCAGUCUGUGCUACAGAAAAGGCAUUCCUGGGAGAAUUAUGUGAGUAGGGAGGAAAGGGACUUCCCACUUCUCCUUACAUGAGAACCUGAUCAAAGCUUUGUCUUGUUUUAGUCCUAAUGUCAAACUUGAGCGGGAAGCUUUGCUUUUCUCCUGGCGUUAUUUGCAAGAAAAUCAUUGCAUAAGGAAGAGCAGCUCUGCCCUUCACACAAGGGACAUCAAUCACUGGGCUGCAUCAAGCUUCCUUGCUACCCUGUGAAUCAUACUCUAUUCCUCCUGCGCACACUUAGCAGGCCAAGAAGCUGCACUAACAGAAGCCCACUCAGGGAGAGCACUAGAUUUCCCUUUCUGCCUUUAACUGUUGACCAAAGAUUGAAUCAGGGACCAAACUGGGAGAUGGGAGUGAUGUAGGGACCACACGUGAAGGAAAGGAGGAAAAGGGUUAAAACUGAACUAGUGCCAAAAAAGAUGCUUCCAUAAGUGUGGAAUGGUCUUGUCACAUGUGGUAUUUUCAAAAUGCAGCUGUCAAAUCCUAAGGUGUUUUCUUGUUUGUUUGUUUGUUUGUUUUGGAAAGAGAAUAGAUGGUAUUUAUUGCUGUGCCAUUUUUUUUAAUUUAUACUAGCUUUACACUUGUAUGUAUGAAUAUCAUAUUCUGCCUGAGAAAGUAUGAAGGAUGACUUUUUGAUAUGUUUUUAAUGGUGUGUUUGAGCAAAGGUGACUGUUCAUUGGUCUUUUGCAAUGAAGGCUAUGUUCCAAUUAAAAUAGACACUUUUUGUUGAAAAUGCAGUUCCUACAGAAGUUUCUGUUGAUAUUUUCCCUUCCUUAGAAUCCAGAGUUGUCUUUUCUCUGGAAGUUUGUUUUGUUUGUGUGAUGUAUAGUAAUGAAGGGCAUCUGAGACCUCAUUACCUAAAAUCUUAUAUUUUUAUUUGCCAACUUCCCACCAAGAUGAGUCUUGCUUGCAAACAUGAAAUUCAUAGAAUUGUAGAAUGGUUUAGGUUGAAAGGGACCUUUAAGAUCAUCUAGUUUCAACCACCCUGCUAUAGGCAGGGACACCUCCCUGCCUAUAGACCACGUUGCUCAAAGCCCCAGAAUUCUGGUGGCCACAGAGAAGAAUAUGUUUGUGGUGAUGAAAAGGCUGCAUGAACCUUCCCCCGUCUUCCACUCUGUAAGAGAUCAGUGUAGUCAGAAUGUGGUGAAUACUGUACUUUUUAUUAAGGAAAAAUAAAUCCUCCCAAAUAAUGUGAAAAGAGUUUUGUAUUUGCAUUCCUGUAAGGCAGCUUUUAUGGAGGAGUUAUAUUAUGCAUUUGAAAUUACUCCUUUCAUAGAUUAUUUUGAAAAUAAACACUUUUAUACUGUUGUAAUUUCUCCAGUAAAUGUGUAUGCACUUAUAAUUUUCUUAAUAAAAAUGCCUAUCUUAACGAAACAA